AUGCCAGUGAAACACCCAACAUUAGUCUAUGAACCAAUAUUUUUAAUGAACCCAUUUCAAGUAUGCUCUGAAAAUACGGUUAAUAUUUUAGUGUACGUACACAGCGCCCAAGACAAUUUACGUAAACGAUUAGCUAUCCACAUAACCUGGGGCUCUAGCGACAAUUUAAACAAAUAUAAAGCAAAAAUUGUCUUUGUGAGUGGAAUGUCUAAUAAUGCCGCUAUUUCUGACAAAUUGAAUAUGGAAAAUAAAAGAUAUGGAGAUAUACUACAGGCAAAUUUUCAUGAUACUUAUAAAAAUUUAACGAUGAAAGCUAAGAGCGCCAUUACUUGGAUUUCAAAAUACUGUAAAAACAUUACGUACGUCCUUAAAACUGAUGAUGAUACAUUUGUCCAUUUGGAGCGUUUACAAAAAUAUAUUGUUACUUUAGAAACCAACUCUAGACCCGUGACAGACUUGCUUGCAGGUAAUAUCUUUAUGAACCAAUUUCUCUUUUGUAACACGAAGUCUAAGUAUUAUAUUUCUAAGGAAGAAUAUCCAUGGGACAAAUGGCCACCAUUUUGUCAAGGAAUGGCGUAUUUCAUGAGUAGGGACGUUGUACGCAAAUUGAAUGAAGGCGUCAAAAAUCCUACAAAAAAUCAGCCAUUUGUGUGGUUAGAUGACGUGUAUAUAACUGGUGUGGUUAUAAACAAUUUGAAAUUAAAGCUCACAAAUUUAACCAUUUCUUACAGACUUAAUGCCGAUUUCAAACAGUUACAACAUAUCAAGUCUUUGAUUUUCUUUCAAACCAAUGAAAUGCACUUGUUGUGGAAAAGGCUACAUAUGUUGUCUCCAACUAAAUAA